GAUGUUUACGUACUAUAUCCGUCUCGUUUCAUUGCGAAAUAAACCAUCAAAUAUUUAAAGCGCGGUAACAGGGGAAUUUGAUAACAUAUUUGCGACAGAUUUAGCGUUGAUUAUACACGUUUCGGAUAUUUAUUUUUAAGAUGACAGAUAAAUCAGGUAAUCCUCCACCAUACUCUGAGCCUAGCAAAGGCUUUUCUGGUCAGUAUGGAGCAGAUUUUGGAGGGGCUUACACAACACAAGGCAAUGCAUAUCCACCACAGACCGGGGCGUAUCCUCCACAAGGUGGGGCUUAUCCAGCACAGCCAGGACACGGGUAUUCGCAACAUUCGACAACAGCAGUGGUGGUGACUCAACCAGGUUAUGCUGGACAGGUUGUUGCAAUGCCGCGGCCCCCAGAUUACAUGGCUGCCUCUAUUUUUGCUUGUCUUUGCUGUUUCUGGCCAACUGGUCUCUGUGCUAUAUAUUAUGCAUCACAGGCAAGCAAAUUGGCGGCUGAGGGUGAUAUGGCUGGUGCAACAAGCAUGUCAAAUAGUGCGAGAAACCUUAUGAUUUCCAGCAUUGUCAUAGGAGUUAUUUGGAUAACCCUUGUUAUUGUUCUUCGAGCGGUUGUUUAUUCAAAUACUUAUAACAAGUAUGAUUAUUAAAGGCGCACUUUGACGGGAGUAUAUAUCAGACAAACAUAAACAGAAGACGGUAUUACAGUUGAACUCUUUCAGCACAGUCACAUAUUACAUACGUAGAUGAACUGUUGAGUUCAUAAAGACGCACUAUAGCUAAUCAGUUCAUGCCAAUUGUGUCUUGUUUGGUAAUACUGCUUAUUUGAACUUUAUGAUGACGGUAUCGCCCUAAUCAAUUCUCUCACAUCAUGAAAGAGAAUGCCAUCAAAUAUCUUUGUUUAUGAAAAAGAGAUAAAUAAAUGAACCGGCGUUCAUUAAAUAAUUCAAAUGUUCGUAAUAAAAGAAUAUUUCAAACCAUAAACUUUGGUACUUUUGUUAAACAGAUUAUCUUUUUAUGUUUAGGUUAAUUUUCAGUCGUCAUAAAACGGAUUCCGACUGAACUCCUUUGUACAUGUUAUAUAUCCUGAUCAUUUUGUAAAUACAUCUCUCGUUCUUUGAUCUUUUUAGUCUGUAUUUGUGACGUGUUUGUCGAAUACAUAUUUAAGUUAUUCUGAUAUGUUUAUUUUUGUAUAAAUGUUUGAUUAUAAAUUUAUAAAUUGACUGUGUGAUUGCGUAAAUGUUUGAAUGUAUAUGAAAUUUAAUUGAAGGCCAUACUGGAAAUGCGUUGUAUGAUAUUUGUAUUUGUACGCUUAGUAUGUAACCUUCAGAAAAUAAAGUUGUUAUCUUAUCUUAUCAUGUCUAUCUCACCAGGUCCGCGCCUGGAUAGAGUUAAGAAGUCAAUGCAAUGGCGACCAUUUCAAAACGUUUAUCACAUUUAAAUAUGUAAAAAAAGUUUUCCUAUCUCAAAAAAUAGAGUAAAUAUAAUCUUCCUUAAAAAUGGCUGUUAUCUUACAAAACUGACAUGUCAAAAGGCUGCUUUUCUAAUCUAAAUACCUUAUUAUACUGCUAGUAAAUUAAAAAUUUGCGGAAUUCAUUCUAUAACAUCUUAAUAUUCUGUCUACUUAUGAAUAUGAGUGUAGGUUAUUUGAAUUAAUCCGAAGAAAAUAAUUUUUACGUACAUACAUUUUCAGAAUAUGCUAUGAAGUAAGAAAGAAAUACAUUUGCUAAAUUUAUAAUAUAGCGAAAUCUUUCUGAAUCUGUUUAGAAUAAGUGUUGACACAAUUCAGUAAAUCAUUUUAUUUACAUGCAGUUAUAGAUUUGCUUUGUUUACAUAUUUUGUGUUCUAAUAAGUCAUAAUAGUAACGUUAAUCAUUCUGUACACUGUCUUACUGUAAUUAGUACAACUUGUUUACAAACCAUAGCUGGGCCAUUAUCGCGCUAACAAAUUUUCAUUGUCGUAUUUACAAAUCAUAGUCCGGAUAUACGGGGCCUUCUAGGGAAAACAUUUUCCGCACAGACACUAUUAAUAAGGAAGUCUACGUUAUAUAUACUCACUUCUUGAAAGCUAUUAAAACGUAAACUAGUAUUUGUAAUGAGUUAGAAUCUCCAUUUUACCUUUCCUUACACCCAUUUAAUCAUUCGAACCUCAUUUAAGUUGUCUCACUUGUCUUGUGUGCCAGUUGAUUGCAAACAGGUGUAUGUAGAUCAUGUUUUUAUAGCUUCUUUCCAAGUGAAUCUGUGCACUAGAACAUAAAUACAGUUAGUGAAUUGGAUGUAGCAGAAAAAAAGCAACUUAUAUUUUUGUAGAAGCAAUGAAAUCUGUUGAUUAAAUAUGUUAAACGUUA